AUGGCUCUGCCUCAGCAAGAUUCCAUUAAUAUUGAUCAAAUCAUCGGCAAGCUGUCUAAAGCAAAUUGUCUGGCCUUGGUGAAGGCUAUACUGACCCGUGGGUCUGCUAAUGAACAAUGGUCCAUCUCCUCCAAUGAACUUUCAUGUGCUGACGAUUGCUCUGAGCUCUGGGGACUGGUUGAUAAGCUCCAGGCUGAGGUUGAGGACCUCAAGUCCUCUUUGACUGAGCUGAAGGAAGACCAGAAUGAUCUCCGCAACCAGCUCGUCACUGCAUCUGAAAGGCUGGACACCAUGGAGGUGACCAAAUCUGCUCCUGCACCCACCAAGACCUCUUGCUGCAAGUGUUGUCAGGGCUCUGACCCUGAUCUUCCUUCCCUUCUUCCCACCAAGAAGGCUAAGGGGCAGCUGAUGAAGGAAGAAGCAGCUGUACAUGACUGUCUCUAUAAACACCUCAGGGCCACUCUCCUGUGUUUGAUUGGAUAUGAUGCCCAUGUCACAGGGGCUCCAAUGCCCAGGAAGAACAAAGAUGCAAGGUACAGUCCUGAAGCAUCCACUGGCUCAGCACCCUUCCUCCUCCCUGAUUGGGGGACUUCCCUGUGGACAGAAGGGGAAAAUUUCACCAUUGUCAAUCAGACAGUGCAUUUAGUGCAGGAGCUGAACAUGCAUGAGGACCUUGUGCCUGCUCCAUAUGAGGAGUGGGUCUCUCAUGCUGCUCUCAAAGAUCUGUUACACACAAUAUGGGGCAAGUUCAAGCAGCAGUUUGAUGCUGAGCAUAACCCUUCACAAAAGGCACUCAGGGACAAAUGGGCUCUUGAAGGGCAUCUGUCUGAGCAUUGUAAGACUCAGUAUUCAUGGGCCAGUAUGGGUGCUUGCCUUCAAGCCUUACAGCAAGGUGUACCUGAGGACAAUGUUGAGCAAUUUGCCUUUAAGAUUGUGGAUGAGAGCUGGGUGGGAGAGGAGUGGGGAUGGGAUGACCAGCUGGAUGACAGUUUGCAUGAUGCAUGGUGGCAGACCAUGUGCAAUUCUGGCCAGCUCAGCUCAGUGCAGAAGCAUGACCAUAAGUGUGCAUUUGAACUGCGUGCUCCAACCUUCAUGUCCAACAAUUUCUGGAAGAUCUGCAAGACAUUCAUACUCAUCAAAAAAGAAGCAGACAUCACCAAUCCCACCUGCCGGGGUAAACAUGUCAUCACUGCUCAUGUCGACCUUGGUCCAGCCAUGCCCCAGUUGCAUAUCUGA